GCCCCCGGCCCCGGCCCCGGCCCCGGCCUCGGCCCCGGCCCCGGCCCCGGCCCGCCCGACCUUCAUGCGCUUCCCCUCCCCCGCGCACGCACGGGGGGUGCGCGCCUGCCCCGGAACAGGACUGCCACUGUUGAGUCUGUGGGAGUAUGAAUCAGCAGCAGCAGAGAAUGGCUGCAGUUGGGACAGACAAAGAGCUCAGUGACCUGCUGGACUUCAGUAUGAUGUUUCCCCUGCCAGUGGCUAAUGGAAAAAACAGACCCACGACCCUAGCAAGCACUCAGUUUGGAGGAUCAGGUUUGGAUGAAAGACCGGGAUCAGGUUCCUGGGGAACGGGAGAUCAAAACAGCUCCACAUUUGACCAAGGAAGGCAGAGCUAUGGUGAAGGCCCCCACUACGGCGAGCACAGGGACCUGCCGUCUCACAGCAGCGUAUCUUCAUCACCAUUCCUGGGAGCUGGACUAGUGGGGAAGAGCAGUGAAAGAGCCUCCUACUCCACAUUCGGAAGAGACACAGGGAUGCCAGGACUAAACCAGGUAACAACUGGUUUCCUGCCCAGUGAAAUGGGAAUUGCGAGUCCGAGCACGCUUUCCCCCACCGGAGUGAAAGGGGGGUCUCAGUACUUUUCUUACCCCAACAAUCCUCGCAGGAGAGGUGCUGAGAGCAACAUAGAUGGACAGCCCAAAAAGGUUCGGAAGGUGCCUCCUGGACUCCCCUCCUCGGUGUAUCCAUCCAACUCAGGUGAUGACUACAGCAGGGAUCCAGCUGGAUAUACUCCCUCAAAACCUCCCAGCACUGUGUAUCCCGGAGCCUUUUACAUGGCAGACGGGCUCCAUAACUCGCCAGACCUGUGGAGUUCACCGGGUGCCAUGAGCCAGUCGAGUUACGGUGCCAUGCUGGGCAGCUCCUCCUCCCCGCUCCCGCAGCCCAGCGGCUUCAACAGUUUACAUCAGCACGAACGCAUGAACUACCAGCUUCAUUCAGGAGAGGUUAACGGCGGACUCCCCUCUGUGUCUGGCUUUUCCUCCGCCUCCACGCCGUACGGUGUCUCCAGUCACACGCCCCCGAUCAGCGGGACGGACAACAUGAUGGGUAACAGAGGAACCACAGCUGGGAGCUCGGGAGACGCGCUCGGGAAGGCACUAGCUUCAAUUUAUUCCCCCGAUCACUCUAGCAAUAACUUCUCGUCGAACCCCUCUACACCGGUCGGCUCCCCUCAGGGGCUUGCAGGCACAUCCCAGUGGUCGCGAGCGAGCGGACAGGGUGCCUUAUCUCCCAGCUACGAAGGGAGCCUCCACACUUUACAAAACAAAAUGGAAGACAGGUUGGACGAAGCCAUCCACGUGCUGAGGAAUCACGCCGUGGGCCAGACAGCCGCCAUGCCGAGCAGCCACGGGGACAUGCACGGGCUCCUGGGCUCGGCGCCAGCCCACAGUGCCGCCGUGGGCAGCCUGGGCCAGGCCUUCCCCACCUCGGUCAUGUCCCUGGGGAACAGGCACCCGAGUCUGGUGGGGGGAGGUCACCCCGAAGAUGGGUUGUCCAGCAACCCCAGCAUGCUCCACAACCAUGUCACCCUUCCGUCACAGCCCAGCUCGCUCCCUGACCUCAGCAGGCAGCAAGACACGUACAGCGCAGGCUUGUCAGGGGGGCUGGGGCGAAGCAGCGUCUCCUCAGGAACCAGCGAAAUAAAGAGGGAAGAGAAGGAGGAUGAGGAGAACACGUCAGUGGCAGAUAACUCGGAAGAGGAGAAGAAGGAGCUGAAACCCUCCCGGAACAGAACAAGGUGCUCUUUGAACAGUCAAGAUGAGGAUGAGGAGGACGAUCUUCUUCCCCCAGAGCAAAAAGCCGAGAGAGAGAGAGAAAGGAGGGUCGCCAAUAAUGCCCGUGAGCGCCUGCGGGUCCGUGACAUCAACGAGGCCUUUAAAGAGCUCGGACGCAUGUGCCAACUCCACCUAAACAGCGAAAAACCGCAGACCAAACUGCUAAUCCUACACCAGGCCGUAUCAGUCAUACUGAACCUGGAGCAACAAGUUAGAGAGCGCAAUCUGAACCCUAAAGCAGCCUGCUUGAAGCGUCGGGAAGAGGAGAAAGUGUCCGGAGUAGUAGGAGAUCCCCAGAUGACACUUUCAGCUUCACAUCCUGGUCUAGGAGAUGGUCACAACCCUGUUGGACACAUGUAAAGAUCUUUUUGUUCCUCUGGAUACAGAGAUCUGUAGGAAGAAAACCCUCAGUGUGACCUGCAACCUUCUCGAACCAUAAACUUUAGUACUGCUAAUACUGACACACAUGGACGGAUCCUGGCAUGACGUAAGGGGUGGAAAAAACACUUUGUCAAAAACAAAAUGAAAACAAAAAAAUUGCCUUAAGUAUAAAGUGCAGAACAGUCAAUACAUAUCACUCAGUUAGGAGGGGGUGGCGUGUUCUCUUGGCUUGUUCACAAGCAGCCAGCAGCAAAAUUGUGCCUAAGCUUGAUAUUUCUUUUUUAAAAAAAAAGAACAUUAGUUAUGAGAUUUUUUAUGUAGAACAAAUAGCAAUGCCUUUUGGUUUUUUUAGCUUCUUUUGCAUAUGUUUUGUAAGCAACGAAAAGAAUUUUUUUUUGUAUAAAAAAAUGUCUUGUACCCCAUGCUUUUCUGCUGCUGUUUCUAUAGUUAACGUUGCAUCUUUAGGAUCAACCAGAAUAUUAAAAUUGUAUUAAGAGAGACUGGAUAUAAAGAGAGGAAUUCUCAGAUUCGGCUCUAAAAGCCACUAAAAGCGAAUGUAGCCACAGCGAGGGGAUGUUCUUCCUCGCCUGGCUUGUACCUUCCAUUAUAAAAAAACAAACAAACUCAUGUGCUGAAUUCACCAUCUCUUUGCUUUGGCCGCUUCUGAUUUGGGAAAAGGAAGUUAAAACAGCAAAGCAAGUUGCAGCGCUGCUCCCGCUCCUCCUGGGAGGCGGCCGAGGUCCAUCGAGGGUCUCUGCAAGAUUUGCUUUACUCCCGGAGAGUCCCGGAGGCAGCGGUGCCCCACGGCUGUCCCAGAGCGUCGUGAUGAGAGCAGGCCCUGGGGGGUGGAAGAGACCCGAGGGACUGGGGCGCUUUCAAGGUAAGCAAAGAAGGAACACGGAUGCAAGAGGAAAGGCCGGGGCGGAGGAAAGUGCCUCUUGCCCACACGUCUGAGCGAGCGCCUGCUCUCGGAGGCGCUUCCAGGGGCAGCGCCGAACAAAGAGGAACCGAACAAAGCUGGAGGACGGGGAAGAGGCGGAGGCAGGCGGAGCAAAGGCAGCAGCAGGACACCGUGCCCGGCGGCCUUGCAGCAGACGGACCGGCGGACGCUGGCGGCAGAGCCCAGGGUGGCAGGGAGGGCAGCGGCUGCCUGGCACGUGCGCUCGCUCCAGCCCUCAGCAGGCUGCGACUGGCGGCAGGAUCCCCGUCCCCGCGCAGCUUCUCCCCCGCGCUGGAGCCACCACGGCUGGAAGCACAAAAGCGCCGCAGGCUUGAGGAGGGGGUGGUUUGACACCCACCUUCGCCCACUGUCUCCAGAGCAUCCUGGGUAGCAAACUCAGCGUGGCAUGCCGCCCGGCUUGCCGUGGGGAUGCAGUGGCCACGCUCGCAAGCCCAUGGGCUCCUCUCUCCGUGCUGGAGAGGAGGGCAGCAGCCAGCGCCCAUCCUGCGCGAGACACUCCAGCAGCCAAGCUGGGCCAGCGAUCCCUUCGCUCCGAGAGCUUCCCAGUGUCGCUCCAGACCGCUCCGGCGUGCUCAGCGGGAGGAAGAUCCCCGGCAGCCCUGCUGCGUGGCAGCCUGCCCCGGAGGUGCAGGAGCAAGCAGAGGUGCUCAGUGGUGCCGAGCCGCGGCAGCCGUUCCGGAGUUGCCAAUGGAAAAGCAUCCACCAGGAAUUUAUUCUUGUUUCUUCCCUCUGCUUCUCCUUCUGAAACGUUUUGUGCCCGGUUCUUCCCAGCUCUGCCGGCAGACGUGGUCAGCUCGCUGGGGGGAUGUUAAAUCCCAUCUCAGCAGUGUCUGUAAUUAUCUUGGACUGGGGCCGACUGCUGCCCAGAUCCGCCUGGCAGAGCCCAGUCGGGUGGUUCAUGGGGCACUGGUGCGGGCCUGGGGGACGCGUGGGGACAGGGUCCAUCUCUCCCCUCUGCUUCCUUGGCCUGUGCUCCUGGGGAAGCUGUAUUGCUUUGGCACAGGGAAAGGGAAGGAGUGGUGAGCAGGAUUUAGGUCCUGUGGCACUUCCUAGUAGCUGCGGGCUUUGGCAUACCUCCUGGUGCUCCUCUGUGCUUGUAGUUCUGCUUCGUGCUCCAGCAAAGCCUGCUGGAAAUGCUCGGGACAUUGCUCAUCUGCCACCGACGCCCGGGUACCGUGGGCUCAGCCCCUGUAGCAUCUCCAGGAGGAGCCACUUUACAAGUGCCGGAGCAGUAUGGGACAUCUGUCCCUGCUGCCCUUGGCACCGGCACUGCCCUGGGACUCUGCAAGGUCCGACUGGAGCUCUGAGGCUUUCGGGUGCUCCGGGCUUUCCCUGCCCACAGCCUGCUGCUCCCACCAGCGCUUCUGUGCGGUGAGACCUGAGACCACAGCAGCCUCCAGCUCAGUCCCCAGGGAGGGUCAGUGGCUGUGGUCCCUGCAGCCCAGGAACACACGUUCUUCUCGCCCGUGUCAACAGAUGUGCCAGGCUAAUGAGCUCAUCAGGUUAUGACACUCCUCCCUCCCUUGGGUCCUUCUGCCUGCCUAAGCCCUGGGCCGCGUGAGACGGAUGAGGUUUUCCUCCGCGUGUGACAGCCGCGCAGCUCCCUUGCAGCAAAAGCCAUGUCUUGCUAAAGCAUCCUGAUGGGUUGGGUUGCGCUGGAGCAAGUUCAGUUUGGGGAUGCUAAAACACACAGGGAGGGGGGGCAGUGCCCCUCCGUUGCCCGCCAGCUGGGUCCGGAUGCUCAGACAACCCCGAUUCCUGCUCUGGGGUAGGGCUCUGGGGACUCAUCGGCCACUUUGUGCAGCCUGUAAGAGGCUGCUUCAUCCCGUGAGCGUUUCUGCCCCGUCAGCAGCACGCUGCUGGGGCAAACAGGGCGCUUGCUGCUGCUCAGGGUUUUCUGCUGGCUCAGUGCCCCAGGACCAGGGAGGGAUGGAGUAAUGUCCCAGCAAUGGCAAGCUUGAAACACUACAAAAAAACCCUAAAAAGUGCUUCCCCGGCAUUUUUAUUUUGCAACAAGAAUUUGAGGUGGCAGUCACGUAUAACUGGAUUUAAAGAAAAGAGAUUGUGGUGAAGAAAAAUCCAGAAAGUCAACUAAGUUGGAAAUUUGAGAAUAUUUAUGAUUUGUUGAAAAUUUUGCUGAACUGCUUCAUCCCCUCCAAGUCCUGGCUGACACUCUGCAGGCCAGGGGGAACUCCUGAGGAGACAGAGCCCUUCCCAUCAUCCCCAAACCACCAGGCCCUGCCACACAGAUGGGGCUUUUCGUCUGCAUUUUGCUGGUGUAGAUGCUGUUUUCUUGACAGCAAAAUCAGCUCACUUCCUUGGCAAGGCUUGGAUGAAGGUCCUUGAGCAUCAACCCCCGGUGCCAGGGAUUGGAGAUCUUGGUUCCUCCAGCGGAACAGCGCAGUGUCAGGGGCUGGCAGUGCUGGGCCAGGGAGCUGCCUCGACGGCGCAGGGUGCUUUGUGUGCUGGGAUGCUGCCCCAGUGGCAUCUCUGCUCUCCAGGUGCCUUGUGGAGCGCAGCAAGGAAAAAUUACUUUGGCUUGCCAGUGUGUUUGGCUCAGUGUGAAUGUGGUGCCUGUAACCUGCCAGGGAGAGUGGCUUUUCUGAAAACAAGCACUGUCAGCUGCUGUCCCCAAAAUACCACCAGGCCAGCCCUGAAAUACAGGUUGUUGCAAUGAAACUCUUGUCUUUAGGUGUCGUGGUAAGAGAAGGCCAGUGCUUGCGCUCUCCCCAGCCCACAGCUCUGCUGGCAUUCAGCUGUACGAUCUUACAGAUCACUUUUCUCCCCAGACUUGCUUCUCUGCCUGGCUGUAUGUCCCUUGCGCCAGUGGUCCUGCAAAGAGAGGUGUCACAGAUGGGUGACAUUCAGUUUUCUGCUUCCUCUCUCAGCCUUGCAUGUAUGGGUUCUCCUGGGCUGCGUGCCCCUCGUCGAUGGGGGCCACAGAGCCCCCAUGUAGCUUCCUUCAGCAGAUGGGGGAUCAGGGGAGAGGCUGCCUCCCCCUGUGUGCAUUUUCUAGUUGCUCUCUUCCCGGGCCACAGCAGCUGAGCUGCAUCCCGGUCGAACAGCAGAACUGGGGUCCCAGGGGACGCUUCUUGUGCGGCUGGGCUGGGGUCCUGGGGUCCCCGGCUCUAGGCACCUCCUCUUCCCCCACCCCCCCCCAAGCAGCCCCCUGCCUCCCUGCACCUCCUGCCUGAGUGCUGUGCAUGAGCCAGGUGCUUGGGAGUGUCUGGAAUCCAGUUUAUUAACAGUAAAAAUUGCAGAUUUUUGUUCUUUCUCCCUCUUCACCUGCUUUCGCCCCAGAGCAAAACAGCUGCAGCCUCCCAGAGACUGCACCUUUAUGGUCUCGUACCGACGGUGCUCAGCAGCGACGGGAGGUGGUGGCAGUCUGCCUGCUCCAGCUCACAACCCCGCAGCCGCUGCCAGUGCACCCCCCGGGGAGCAAAAUUCCAGCUAACCCCUGGUUUGGCAGUCGCUCUCCUGCCUGUGACCCGCCAGUCAGAUCUACUCACAGCCGAGCAACUGCCUGGCUUGAGUUCAGCUCCAGCUCUUUGCCAGCAUCUCCUCGGGCUCUCUGCUCCCCUGCUUUUACAGCUACGGAGGUGUGGUGGCAGGAGGGACAGGACCUGGGGCAUCUGGAUCCCAGUGCGUGCCCCUCCUGUCUGCCCCGAGCCCCAGCCUGGGAGCAAGGGGCGCAGCGCUGCCUGGGCAGACGGUUUGCAGGAAUCAGGGCUGUCGCGUUAUCUGGGCACCCCAAGAUCCUGUAUCUGAGUGUUGGGGAGCAGGUCCGUGCCCGCCCCACGCACUGGGGUCACCUUGCUGCCCCUUGGAUGCCAUCGCUCCAGGGCCAGGGGUCUGGAUGCUUUGCAGGUGGGGGUUUUUGCCCUCUCCGGCAGAGAAAUGCAGGAGUGUGAUGUGAAACCUCCCCAGCUGUGACUUCAGCGAGCGGCUUUUGCCCCUAGCCCACGCGUCGGUGAUGAGCCCGUUUCCUAGAGCUUUUGCACUCGCUGCCCAGUAGCGAUUGAACAGGAAGGACAGAAUCAGGCUGGGAUUUCCCCAGGAGUCUGCAAUUUCAGGUUCAGUGCAGAAGCCGCUCUCAGAGGUCCUUUGUGUCUCACGCGUGCACCCGCUGAAGCCAGCAGAGCCUUUGGGCCCUGGGCAACCCAGUGCAUCCUCCCCCUCGGCGGGUGGGGGGGCCUUGAGAAACAGGAGGCUUUUGAAACCCCCGCUCCCCCGCAUCCCUGAGCUUUUCUCCCAUGGGGAGGCUGCCAACUCCAGUGCCAGUGGAGCCGUGGUCCUCCUGCUGUGUGCUGUGCUGGUGAUUUGACCAGCUCCAGUCGCAGCAAGGCGUUGGCCUGGGAUUUUAGACGGGAGCUGAGAAUGGUGAAGCAAAGCCAGUACUGGAGUUGGGCCAGGACGAGCCAUCAGCCCCCGAGGUGCAGUGCUGGCUAGCCUGGAGCAAGCCGUGGCCACUGGAUUCCCCCGUUCCUGCUCGACACCAGCAAUAGCAAGACCUGUUUUCUGUACCACAAGCUUGCACGAGGUCUUUGCCCUGUUAAAUCCUAUGCAACCCCCGCUCCCCUCCCCCCGGGGCUCUCCAGAUCCCACCCCAGCCCAUUCUCUGUGCUCUUGUCCAUGGCUGCUGAGUUCCCGCUCCCUGCUGCUCUCAGGGUCCAGCUUCAUUUCUAGCAGCUCCGAAAGCAUUUCAAGACCUGGAGCUGGAGGUGGCGGGGGGGGGGGGGGUGUAGAUGAGGGGUGACACCACAGGAACACCCCUUCCAACUCAUGCUGCGGGAGCUGAGCACUGAAUUGGAGUGGGCAAGGCCUGGUCCUUGGGCUCCCCCACGCACCCUUCACCCUCCUGUGCCUUCUGCUCGAUGCUUGGCAGCUCACCGCGAGCACCCUUCGCCUCGCCCAGUCCCUCUGAAUGGAGAAGCCGUGUCCCACCUCGUUGCUGCCCAGCUCUACGGACCGCUCUGCUAAUGCCUGAGCCUCAGGCCUGGCUCGUCUUCCUUCAACCACCUCAAGCCUGAAGGUGUGUUCCCCUCCUCCUGCGCUCCCCAGUCUCUCCAGCCAGCGCCUCUGAGCUGUUUCCCCUCGUGCGCAGCCACCGUGGGUUUCUUUGCAGUUGGGGCAGAACCGUGCCACCGGCUGCUGGGGCGGAGGCGGGGGGAUUUGGGAGGUGGAUGCUGCAGGUCGGUGCUGCGGCACAGCCGCCUCUCCCUGCCCCGCUGCCCUCGGGGCUGGUGGGGGGGGGGACCCGGUGCUCCGCGCAGAGUUUGGAUCUUCAGGGCAAUUCGCCCCUUCUGCAGAGCCGGCAGGUGCAGUGCCUUUGCUGCGGGACUCCCGAGCGUAGAGGUGGUUAGGAGGGUGCUGCGGGCCGCAGGCGUCCUUUCUGCCAAACCUUCUGUGUCCAUCUUGCACCCCCCCCUCAGGGGCAAGACGCAGCCCUGCCGUGGGUCUCCACACCGGUAUUUCUGUUCCUCUGCUUGCGCACGCCUCUUGCUCCUCACGUUUUGCAAUACCCACCCUGCUCCAGCCAAACACCCACCGCACUGGAAGGAGAGGGAAUAAAAACUCGUGCCCUCUUACACCUUGGUACAGUGCAGCUGCGGGCACCAGGACGGGAGAGCAGAGCGGUUUGCACUUCAAAACGGGGUGUCCUGGCUACCCAGGCCUUUCGCCAAAGAGCAGCCCCGUGCCCACGGGAGCCGCGGAGCUCCGCGCGGCCCCUCUCACAGCAGCAACCUGGGGACACGGCGGUUCCCCCCCCCUUUCCCGGUGCUAUGUCUUCCCAAAUCCCUUGAAACCCCACCAGCUUUGGAGCAAACCCGGCAACACGGGGCCUGGCGGGGAGGGAAGGAGCGGCGGGAAGCCGUGCGCCCUCCUGCCAGCGCUGGUUCAUCUGCCGGCAGGGCAGAAAGAGGCCCCUGGUGAAGCGGAGCAGGGCUGACCCCAACCACCCGCUGGGCCCCCUCGCUCUGCGGGAAAUGACCCGUUUGCUAUGGAGGGCUCCAGCUCAGCGGGGAAACGAAGCGUUACUGGGUUGCUCUUUCUAUAUAUUUUUGUAGGAUGGGGGGGGGGGGGUGGGGGGGGUGGGAAAGCAGAUGGCAGAUGCCUGCGGAAGUUGUUUAUUUUUAACCCCGUAGAAAGUUUUGGGUUGGUUUUGGGUUUGGUUUUUGGCCUUUAAAAAAUGGUCCUUGCUUUUGAUGUUUAUGCUGCCUACCUGUAAAUCCAGAUGUACUUAAGUGGCUGAAAUCCUUGUUCUUAAAUCAGAUACACAUUAUAGUUUUGAACUAUAUAUAUAGUAAAUAUAUAUAUAUAUAUGCCUAACCCAGCAAAAAAAAAAAAAAAAAAUAAAGUAUUUGGGGGUGGGAAAAUGCGUUGUUCUUUGAAAUGAAUCACAAUUGGGGGAUAAAAUUGUGUUUCUGAGUGCCUCAAGAUAAGAAUUGUUUUCAUUUUUUUAAAUAAUUUUAUACAAGUGUCAAAACAGCUGGCUGGAUUAUUUGGAAUUUUUAAAUAAUCCUAACUUUUUUAAAGUAGAUUUUGAGAACUGUCCUGUAUAUAACAGUAAUGUAGCAAUAAAUGUGACAUUUUAUAACAAUA